CAGCACGCGAGAUGGGAAGCGGGGCUUCCGGGCCGCAGGGUCGCGGGGACGGGUGUGAUGCAAUAGCGCCACAGCCGCUGCGUCAAGGGGCGGCUCCGGGAUGCGGGGACUGCGGUAGAGCCGGUCCCGCCCCUGCCGCUCGCCGCCGCUAACCCCGCGGACAGCCGCCGGGACGACCACCAAGAGCCACCGGAGCCCCCGACACCCGCCCCGAGGCACCGGUAACCCGCGGCACCCGCCCCGGGGCGCGCCAUGAAGUCGGCGGCGAGCUCGCGCGGGGGCGGUGGGGGCGGCCGCGGGGGCGGCGGCUGGGGCGGCUGGGGCGGGGGCCGAGGCGCCGGCGGCGGCGCGGGCAAGGGCGGCGGGGGCGACGGCGGCGGCCAGGGGGGCAAGGGCGGCUUCGGAGCGCGGGCGCGCGGCUUCGGCGGAGGCGGCCGGGGCCGGGGGCGCGGCGGCGGCGACGGCAAGGAUCGCGGCGGCGGCGGACAGCGGCGGGGCGGCGUGGCCAAGAGCAAGAGCCGCCGCAGGAAGGGCGCCAUGGUGGUGUCUGUGGAGCCGCACCGGCACGAGGGCGUCUUCAUCUACCGCGGGGCGGAGGACGCACUGGUCACGCUGAACAUGGUGCCGGGCCAGUCAGUGUACGGCGAGAGGCGCGUCACGGUGACCGAGGGAGGCGUGAAGCAGGAGUACCGCACGUGGAACCCGUUCCGCUCCAAGCUGGCCGCGGCCAUCCUGGGCGGAGUGGACCAGAUCCACAUCAAGCCCAAGUCCAAGGUGCUGUACCUGGGCGCCGCGUCGGGCACCACCGUCUCCCAUGUCUCCGACAUCAUCGGCCCAGACGGCCUGGUCUACGCCGUCGAGUUCUCCCACCGCGCCGGCCGCGAUCUGGUCAAUGUGGCCAAGAAGCGCACCAACAUCAUCCCGGUCCUGGAGGACGCGCGGCACCCGCUCAAGUACCGCAUGCUCAUUGGGAUGGUGGACGUGAUCUUCGCCGACGUGGCCCAGCCCGACCAGUCCCGCAUCGUGGCCCUGAACGCCCACACCUUCCUGCGCAACGGGGGCCACUUUCUCAUCUCCAUCAAGGCCAACUGCAUCGACUCCACCGCAUCCGCCGAGGCUGUGUUUGCUUCUGAGGUGAGGAAGUUGCAGCAGGAGAACUUGAAGCCUCAAGAGCAGCUGACCCUGGAGCCCUAUGAGAGGGACCACGCUGUGGUGGUCGGGGUCUACCGGCCUGUUCCCAAGAGCAGCAGCAAGUAGCACCCAGCUCAGGCUCGCCUGCCAUCUCCCAAGCCUGUGUUGUGUUUGCUAUUAUUUUCUAUGUGUUUUCUUUGUGCGUGUUUUGUUUUGUUGUUUUUCUAUUAAACUGCAUAAAGAAACGGCA